AUGGCGUUAAAAGUAGAUAUUGCAAACGAGUUCAUAGUUUGGCAGUCUGCUUUUUGAAGCAAUAGUGUGACAAGAUAAUUCGGGAUUUUUGCAUAUUUUCUACAAGAAGUCACUAACUAAGAUUUCAAUUGAAAUUUGUAGAAUCUUAGAGCUGCGUGACACCACGAUGAUCGCUGGUAGGAUAUUCCGUUACAUCCACACAAACAACUCACUAUGGCAGGCAUCCAAUAAAGCUCUUUUAUCGGAAUUACGAAGAAAGACUGGAUACACUUUUGCUAACUGUAAAAAAGCCCUACAGUUACAUGAAAAUGACAUCAAAAAGGCCGAACAAUGGCUGAUGGACCAAGCGCAGACAUUGGGUUGGUCAAAAGCAACAAAAUUAGAAGGCAGAGCAACUCAGCAAGGUCUUAUCGCGGUUGUAGUUCAUGAGAACCAUGGCGCACUCGUCGAGGUAAAUUGCGAAACCGAUUUCGUUGCUCGAAACAAGUACUUCCAAAGUUUAGUUGCGACAACAGCUUCUGCAGCGCUAAAGUACGCCUCUACAAUAGCUGGGCAGGACCCUGUGAACAAGGCUAGCCUGGACUCUGACACUCUGAAACAACUCCCUGCCUCUGAUGGAAAAUCUUUAGCUGACCACUCUGCUUUGGUGAUAGGAAAUGUGGGGGAAAAUCUUUGCAUUAGAAGAGCACUUUGCGUGAAUGUAAAAGAUGGCGUUUCCCUUGCUGGAUAUUCACACCCUGCCCCUGCAACUCCAUCCGCUGAUCGAGUGGGAAAAUAUGCUUCAAUAGUAGCUUUCAGUGCUACGGAAAAAAGUGAGCAACUUGGCAGACAACUCUGUCAGCACGUUAUCGGAAUGAACCCCUCCAAAAUUGGGCAAAAAGGAAUCGAUGAGCCAAACCCAGUCCCGGAUGACGAAACAACUAUGAUUUACCAAGACUUUUUACUGGACCCAAAUAUAACUGUUGAGGAGUUAUUAAACAACAGUCGCGCUCAGGUUUUAGAUUUUGCACGCUACGAAGCUGGAGAAGCAGUAGACGCAGCACAAGAUUUGAAAACCGUUGAGAUGUGUGGCUAGAUUUCGUACAUCAUUAGCCAACUUAAACAUUGGGAAUUUAUCAAAACAACCUGAAAAUGAUUCUUGCUUUUCUUUGUUUUGUUGAUCAUAGAGUUACUGUGACAGUAACACGUAUGCUAAUAUCAUUAUUGUACCCUUAGAACGAUUGAAUAAAAUGGUUCAUAUAUUCAUAAAUAGA